AUGAGCGACAAGGCAGGAGAGCUCAUAAGACAAGCAGCUCCAAUUCUUCAAAAAGCUGCGCAACACGAUAACGCAAAAGAAUGGAGUCUGGCGGUGUUCCAGUACAAGAAAGGUACAGAAGUUCUGGCUCAGGCAAUGCGGUAAGAAUGACACUGAUUCGUACGGUUUUUGAUUAAAUGAUAGUCAGUUUGAUGCCAUUGAAUGACGGAAAACGAAAAGCGAUUCUGCCGAGGUUCAUCACAUAUGUCAAACGAGUAGCGCAAUUGGAAUAUGAGACGAGUCGAGAGGUAGUUUUUGAAAUUCACUUUUCUGGUGUUUUUUUAUCCUUUUGUGAAGUCCAGUCUGUCAGAAGAUGUUCAUUUUGUAUGCUAUUGAUCUUCCCGAUUCCAGACGUCUGUUGAUCAACGCCGGAUCGGCGCCAAUUCCACCGGCCACGGCUACGACAAAUUGUUCCGAAGGUGUUGCGAUGACAAUCUUAGAAUGGUCCACGUGCAAGACGCCUACAUCGUCGCCCAUCACCAACUUCUGAAUUUCGUCCGCUUCUGCGAGUUGAUCGUUCCGUUCGCGAAGAAUCUUCUGGUGAUAACUCUGAAGACUGGGGAGGACGCGAAGAGCAAUCAGGCCGCGUUCAACGAGAUUUCCACGUUAGUUUCUCCAAGCUUUGAUGUAAAAAAUAACAGUUUUUGUUGCAGUAGUCUUGAAAAGCGGGUAGUGGUGCUUCACGUGGAGUUUAGCAAGUCCCUACACGAUCGGGAAAUCAUGUAAGCCCGCAUUCGCCCGUAUUCAUAAAUUUUAAUUUUCUCAGCUUCGAUAACGGAUGGGUAGUGAAAAGUGGGCGUGGCCUAGAUUACUUCAAACCGUCGGAAGGGAAAUACGCACUGGGAGCCUGCGAUAUGAACUUGAGACCGUGCCACGAGACAAUCAUCGACACGUACUGCAGGAAAUAG